AUGGCACGAGGUGUGCCCUCUCCCCGGCAGCACGAGGAGGACGGGAGGAAAAAGAGGAAGGCACGUGAACAGUUCCGGACAUUGGACGAACCAAACUCAUCAGGACCUCCAACUGAAGAUUCUCGAAAGGAUGCAUCUACGCAGGCAAACACGUUCACAAAAGAGGUGAAGCCACCCAUGACUUUCAGCUCAAUCAGGACUGACUCUCACCUAGUAGCACUGACAGGCAUCGGAUUACUACAACUUUUGAGGAACAUCACAAAAGAAUUUGUGGAAGUACGGCAGCAACUUUCAUGCAGAUGGUACUGCCUAAGUGAUGCAGAUGUCGUUUUGAUGGUGAUGAUCAAACUUUAUCAUAACACAAGCUUCAAUUUUCUUGCCGUGGUCUUCAAUGUUCACCGGACAACUGUCUCCAAUCUGUUUGUGAAGGACUUGCUAUCCUUGCUCGCAUCUUACGUGAGGCAGUAUUUUUCCCAUCAAGAUAUUCAGGGCAAGCCAACCUACCUGUCUACUUCGAAAAAAUUUGGCAGAACACGUGUAGUACUGGACUGUACUGAAGUCCCCAUCGAGAAAGCGAAAGAUCUGCAGUCCAGAAUGCUUACCUACCGCCAGUACAAGAAAGGUCACACUGCAAAGGUCCUCAUCGGUUGUGCACCAAGUGGUCUGAUCAACUUUGUGAGUGAGAGCUAUGGGCGUCGUGCCUCAGACUGUGAAAUAACAGGAGGGUCUGGUGUUCUCAACCUGUGCACUGCUUUCAAGGACGAAGUUAUGGUUGACAAGGGGUUUUUAAUAGAUACUCUCUGUAGCGACGUAAACCUAGAACUGACAAGGCCUCCAUUUUUGAAGAAACAAAAACAAAUGAGUGAAGCCGAUGCUCUCCGCAAUAAGGAGAUAGUGCGUCCUCGAGUCCAUGUAGAGCGAGCCAUUCAGCGCUUGAACGCAUAUAAGAUAUUACAACAGAAGUCCCCUGUGCACAUGCUCCCACAUUUCUACAGGUGA